CGUGCGCUCGGGGAGUGCGGGGGAGUGUGUUUGUGUGUGUGCGUGUGGGUGUGAGUGCCUGGCUCGCUCUCGCGGAGACACACACGCGCGCGCGCACACGCACACGCACACACAACCCGGCUGGCUCGUCUGAACUUGAAGACACCCCACAUUCCGAGAUGCCCCAGGCCCCUGGGAAUGCCCGGGGUUGCUCGAUCUGGAGAAUCCUACCGGCGUCUUCCUAGGGGGGAAUUAUCUUUUCCUUGUUGUUGUUGUUGUUGUUGUUGUUUUAACCUGGAGGAGAAGAGAACAAGUUGUGCUUUUUCCUCCCUUCUCUUCGCUGAAUGCCAUGGAUAUAACAGAAUAAGCGGCUCAGGGAUCUCCCCGCGCGGACGUCCGAGGCCACCAUCUGCCUGCGUUCGCCGGAGCCGGAGGGCUUAGCUCGAGCCCGUCUCGGGCGGGGAAGGAUGCGUGGCCGAGCCGGGGAGCCCGGGCGCCCCGCGGAGCCGGCCUCGGAGCCUCCCAGCCGGGGGUAGAUGCUGCCUCGCCCAGGCGCCGUGGCCUGAGUGACCAGACCAUGGAGACCCUGCUUGGUGGCCUGCUGGCGUUUGGCAUGGCGUUUGCCGUGGUCGACGCCUGCCCCAAGUACUGCGUCUGCCAGAACCUGUCUGAGUCACUGGGGACCCUCUGCCCUUCUAAAGGGCUGCUCUUCGUGCCCCCUGACAUCGACCGGCGGACAGUGGAGCUGCGUCUAGGGGGCAACUUCAUCAUCCACAUCGGCCGCCAGGACUUCGCCAACAUGACGGGGCUGGUGGACCUAACCCUGUCGAGAAACACCAUCAGCCACAUCCAGCCCUUCUCCUUCCUGGACCUCGAGAGCCUCCGCUCCCUGCACCUUGACAGCAACCGGCUGCCCAGCCUUGGGGAGGACACCCUGAGGGGCCUGGUCAACCUGCAGCACCUCAUUGUGAACAACAACCAGCUGGGCGGCAUUGCGGACGAGGCCUUCGAGGACUUCCUGCUGACUCUGGAGGACCUGGACCUGUCUUACAACAACCUGCAUGGCCUGCCCUGGGGCUCUGUGCGGCGCAUGGUCAACCUCCACCAGCUGAGCCUGGACCACAACCUGCUCGACCACAUCGCCGAGGGCACCUUUGCCGACCUGCAGAAACUGGCGCGCCUGGACCUCACCUCCAACCGGCUCCAGAAGCUGCCCCCAGACCCCAUCUUCGCCCGCUCCCAGGCCUCCGCCCUGACCGCCACGCCCUUUGCUCCAGCCUUGUCCUUUAGCUUUGGAGGGAACCCGCUGCACUGCAACUGUGAGCUGCUCUGGCUGCGGAGGCUCGAGCGGGACGAUGACCUGGAGACCUGUGGCUCCCCAGGGGGCCUCAAGGGCCGCUACUUCUGGCACGUCCGCGAGGAGGAGUUCGUGUGCGAGCCGCCUCUCAUCACCCAGCACACGCACAAGCUGCUGGUUCUGGAGGGCCAGGCGGCCACGCUCAAGUGCAAGGCCAUUGGGGACCCCAGCCCCCUCAUCCACUGGGUGGCCCCCGAUGACCGCCUGGUGGGGAACUCCUCAAGGACCGCCGUGUAUGACAACGGCACCCUGGACAUCCUCAUCACCACGUCUCAGGACAGCGGUGCCUUCACCUGCAUUGCAGCCAACGCCGCCGGGGAGGCCACGGCCAUGGUGGAAGUCUCCAUCAUCCAGCUGCCACACCUCAGCAACAGCACCAGCCGCACUGCUCCCCCCAAGUCCCGCCUCUCUGAUAUCACCGGCUCCAGCAAAACCAGCCGGGGAGGCGGAGGCAGUGGAGGCGGGGAGCCUCCCAAAAGCCCCCCGGAGCGGGCUGUGCUUGUGUCCGAUGUGACUACCACCUCCGCCCUGGUCAAGUGGUCGGUCAGCAAGUCAGCGCCGCGUGUGAAGAUGUACCAGCUGCAGUACAACUGCUCCGACGAUGAGGUACUGAUUUACAGGAUGAUCCCAGCCUCCAACAAAGCCUUCGUGGUCAACAACCUGGUGUCAGGAACCGGCUACGACCUGUGUGUGCUGGCCAUGUGGGACGACACAGCCACGACGCUCACGGCCACCAACAUCGUGGGCUGCGCGCAGUUCUUCACCAAGGCUGACUACCCGCAGUGCCAGUCGAUGCACAGCCAGAUCCUGGGUGGCACCAUGAUCCUGGUCAUCGGCGGGAUCAUUGUGGCCACGCUACUGGUCUUCAUUGUCAUCCUCAUGGUGCGCUACAAGGUCUGCAACCAGGAGGCCCCGGGCAAGCUGGCGGCUGCGGCAGUCAGCAAUGUGCACUCGCAGACCAACGGGGCCCCACCACCCGCUCUGGCCAGCGCGCCCAGUGGGGCCCCUGUGCAGGGGCCACCCAAGGUGGUGGUGCGUAAUGAACUCGUGCAGUUCAGUGCCAGCCUGGCCCGGGGCAGCGACUCCUCUUCCUCCAGCUCCCUGGGCAGCGGGGAGGCCGCAGGGCUGGGACGGGGCCCCUGGAGGCUCCCACCCCCAGCCCCCCGCCCCAAGCCUAACCUUGACCGCCUGAUGGGGGCCUUUGCCUCCCUGGACCUCAAGAGCCAGAGAAAGGAGGAGCUACUGGACUCCAGGACUCCAGGCGGGAGAGGGUCUGGGACAUCAGCCAGGGGCCACCAUUCGGACCGAGAGCCACUGCUGGGGCCACCCGCGGCCCGAGCCAGGAGCCUGCUCCCCUUGCCCCUGGAGGGCAAGGCCAAGCGCAGCCACUCUUUUGACAUGGGGGACUUUGCAGCCGCAGCCGCCGCAGCCGGAGGGGUGGCCCCUGGUGGCUACAGCCCCCCUCGGAGGGUCUCGAACAUCUGGACAAAGCGCAGCCUCUCUGUCAAUGGCAUGCUCUUGCCCUUUGAGGAGAGUGACCUGGUGGGGGCCCGGGGAACUUUUGGCAGUUCCGAGUGGGUGAUGGAGAGCACAGUGUAGGCCUGGGGAGGGGGCUUCCUCCUCCCGCUCACCCUUGCAGGGUGGAUGAAGGGGAAAGAACUGUACUGGCAAGUCUUUGUGGAGUUUCCAUGGUGAUGUUUACAUCUAGGGACAGUUUCGUCUCCCUCAACGCCCCCCUCAACACACCCACACCACCUUCCAGGCCUGUCCCCCACCACCCAGCUGGGGUGUGCUCAGGGAAAGCGGACUCGAUCGCUAAAAUGUCGGACUGAGCCCUGAGUGCUCGGAAAGGCGGACUCCCUCCUUUCUGAUCACGAAUGUAGCGUGUAAGCAAGCGGCUUUGGAGUGCUUAUGGUUCCAACGUUGCUUUUAUUUCCUAAUUUAUUUUUCCCACUUCCCAGACUCCUCCUCUUCAUUCACACAGAUCAUGGAGAAUUUACUCUUCAUGUGACAGCGGGUUCCCAGGAGCCGUGCUAGUGGGAGAUUAUUGUCUGUUGACAAGAGAAGGUGAUGAUUCUGGUUCCAUGCUUGUUUGGAGGGAAGGCUGUGGCAUCUCCAGCCCAGACUCCCCAUUAUUCCCAACCGUCCACAUGCUUGGGAGGGAUGGGCAACCACCCCCACACCUCACCCAGCUUCCUCUGCUCAAACGUCAUGUCCCAUACCCAUCACAUCAGCCUGAGCCAGAAGGGUAACUGCCAGGACUUCUUAUGUAUGGGAAAGGGAUGAGGACAUAAAGGAUGUUCACUUUUGGAAUUGCUGUAGGAUUUUUACUUCUUUGGGGGGAAGCUGGGGCAGAAAGUCCCCAUGAACCUGUGGCAGGCUAAGAGGGCUUCUCCUGAGGAAAGCAGAGGGGGGUGACUGGACUUGGAGUCCAAAGCUCUCAGUUUGGGUCCCAGAGCCACUACUGAAUAACCAGCUGAACACAUUGGGCAAGACCCUUUCCCUCUUUGGACCUCAGUCUCUUAAUUCACAAAAUACUGGAUUGUACCUGGUCUUGGAUUCCCUUCAAGUUCUAAGGAUUAACGAACUCUUCCAUGAAUCUAGGUGUUACGGUUUCCAGAUCAGCAGUACCAGUGGCACAAGCUGGUAAAGCAUCCCUCUUCUUCUGACUGGACACAGAAGGAGAAUUCUAGAGGUUUUGGAGGGGGAAACCGGAAUCUUUAUACAAUGGUAGAGUUUUUGAAGUUUGAAGAGGUGUUUGCAAUCAUGUCAUCCUUAACCCUCUCUCCCUCCCCACUGCCCCAGAGUAUAAACGACUUGCCCAACAUCACACAGGGAGUUAGGGACCAAAUCAGGGUAGGUGCAAAGGCCACCUCCUGGGAUGGUGUUUGGGAUUCAUUAUGUUGUCUUCACCCUGGCUCGGACAUUUCUGUGUGCAAAGUCCAUCCUUUGUGCCUGAGGAAGGUGGCUCAGGGUGGGACAUGGGCGAUGCCUCUCCUAGACGCCAGCUUUGAUGAGGAUCCAUACAUAGAAAUGACAGAUGGCAAUGAGAGGGCUCCCAUGGGUUCCUUUCUAUUGGAGGAUUAACCCUAUACCCCAGACCAUGUCAAGAGGGGGCAGAGGAGACAUGGGCAAGGAGAAACUGUUUUAGAAGCACCUGGAGGGCUUUCCCCUGCAUCUCUGUCUCUCCCAGUCUCUGUCUCUUCCAGAUCUCUCCUCACUGCCGACAUACUACCUCUCCCUCAGUUUCCCCAACCCAUUCUUUGCUCUUCUGAGUCUGUGCCAUUGAACUCUAGCUUCUCUCCUAUUCUUCUCCCUCCUUCCGCUUGCCAACCACACCGCAUACCACAUCCAGGUGAGUCCCAGUCCCCUUGUGCUGAAGGGUUCUGAUGGGCUCGGGCCUGAAGCUGAGGUGGUGGCCCCCAACCCCCACCUGGAACAUACAAGGAGCUGAUGGGGAACUGUCUAUGCAGGACUGCCUUCUGGCUCCAGUUCAGAAGGCCUGGAGCCUCCAAAUCCCUUGUCUUUAUCCUUCUUCCUCCCACCCCCCUGCCUCCUCUCACCUUCCCUCCGCUCUCCUGUCUUCAUUCUUGGUCUUCCUAUGACCCUCUGCCUUUCCCAAUCCCUUUCUGGUCCUGACAGUCUUCAGCAGCCCAGGCCAGUCUCUUCCUGAGAACAGUUAAUUUCCCAGGCUAGUCCCUGAGCCAGAACACAGGCCUACCCCAGUCAUGGUGGCAGCCACGGAAUUGGGCGACUUAAACAGAAAUCUCUCUCUCCCUCCUUCCCUCUUUCCUCGCCCCAGCUUCUCUUCUCUCCUUUUCCUCCCUGUCCUUUUCUCCUUCAGUCUUUCUAAAUGUAGCCAUUGAGGAAGUAACCCCAAAUGUAGCCAUUGAGGAAGGGACCUGACCUUUCUUUUUGCCUUUGGGUUCGGACACCCAGAAGGAAAUGGUGGACACCAGAAGGGGAGGAACCAACCGUAUAUUCUGGUCAGUGGCCCCGAGCUCUGUCAUGACAUGAUAUGUACUUGCACUUGUAUUUUUCAUGUUUCUGACUCAGAAUUCUGGAAAGCAACAUCCAUGUGGUCAGAAUAAAAUUGCCAACUUUCUUUGCUAAAAAAAAAAAAAAAAAA